AUGAGUUAUCUGGACUAUUUCUUUGUUGAUCUUUAUUUUGUUAAUGUUCAAACUACUAGUGAGAAAUUGACAGUCCCAUGGUGUUCUCAGGAAGCUCAAGAAGUUCCAACGGAGCAAUUUCCAUGUAGAUGGAACACUUCUUACCAAAUGCACAUCCAAGUAAAAGCACUUCUUUCAGAACUAUCAAAACUCAAUCAAACCCUUUCAAGAACCAAGAUUUUGCACGGACUUGUAAUCCAGAAUAACCUCUCUCGCGAUCCAUUUUACGCAACCAAAAUUGUGAGAUUCUAUGCAAUAAACAAUGAUCUCGUUUCAGCCCGCAACCUGUUUGAUAAAAGUCCUCAACGGAGCACUUAUCUGUGGAACUCCAUAAUUCGAGCUUAUGCACAAGCCCACAAAUUUUCUGAUGCAUUUUUGCUGUUUCAGCGCAUGCUAAUUUCGGAAACAGAGCCUGACAACUUCACAUUCGCAUGCGUUUUGCGAGCAUGUUCUGAAUGGAGGAAUGUAGAGGGUUUGAGGGCAGUUCAUGGGAAAGUCGUCGUUUCUGGUUUAGGAAUGGAAUUUAUUUGUGAUAGUGCACUUGUGAGUGCUUAUUCUAAAAUAGGCAAUGUUGAUGCGGCGAGUCGCGUGUUUUAUGGGAUACAUGAGCCAGAUUUAGUAUUGUGCAAUAGUAUGAUCUCGGUUUAUGGUUGUCAUGGUGAUUGCACGAAAGGACUGCAAUUGUUUAGCAUGAUGCUGGAAAUGGGAGUAAGCCCAGAUGGGUAUACAGUGGUAGGGUUGAUCACGGGGUUGACUGAUCCUAGUUUCAUAAAAGUUGGUGAAGCAAUACAUGGCUUUUGUUUCAAACACAGUUUUGUUCUGAAUGAUCAUGUGGGUAGUGUUCUUGUGAGUAUGUAUUCAAGAUUUAAGUGUAUGGACUCGGCCUGUAGAGUUUUUAAUAGUUUAGUCCGUCCUGAUGUAGUUAUUUGGUCGUCGCUAAUAACUGGGUUUUCUCAGGCUGGGAACUAUUUAAAGGCCUUAAACUUUUUCAGUCAAUUUAUAAUCAAUGGCGGAAAGGCAGAUCCUGUAUUGAUUGCCAGCGUACUUGCGGCUUCUGCUCAGUUGGCAGUUGUUGGGCCAGGCAGCGAGAUACAUGGUUAUGCUGUUCGUAAUGGAUAUUACAUGGAGAUCAUGGUUUCCACUGCUCUGAUUGACAUGUAUGCGAAGUGCGGGUUCUUGGAAUUGGGGAUUCUGGUUUUCAAAACUAAGACAAAUACGAAUAUAGUUAUGUACAAUUCUAUGAUUUCAUGUCUUGGCCUGUAUGGACGUGCAUCUGAUGCCUUUCAGUUGUUUAAUGACAUGAUAGGUGGAGGAUUCAGUCCAGACGAAACUACUUUUUGCAGUCUCCUUUGUGCAUGUUGUCAUGCUGGUCUUGUCAACGAUGGUAGGGAAUAUUUUAAGAUGAUGAAGAAUGAAUUUGGCAUUAGAGCUAAAACCGAGCAUUAUGUUUACAUGGUAAAGCUUCUUGGGAUGGCUGGAGAGUUGGAAGAGGCCUAUCAGCUAAUCAAAUCCAUAGAAGAACCGGCGAAUUCGAGUAUUUGGGGUGCACUUUUAUCAUGCUGUGAUGCUCAUAAGAAUUAUGAAUUGGGAGAGGUCAUAGCUCAGCAUCUAUUUAAGAAUAAGGCGGAAAUUAGCAAGUACAGUGUUAUGCUCUCUAAUUUGUAUGCUGGUGAUGAGAGGUGGGAUGCUGUGAAUCAGUUGAGGGUUGACAAAGGCCGGGACAUAAGGAAGAUCCCUGGGAUAACCUGGAUUGGUGAGAAAGCAGAGGGAUUUCCCAACUGCUGCCAACAUUCUCUUCAACAUAAUUUGCUAUCGUGUCAACUGAUAACUGCAAUUUCUUCAAUGUCUUGGCUCAUCAACGACACGAGACGAAUGAGUGGAAGUAUGCCGGAGCAAUUGGACUGCGGAGCACAAGGCAAGGGAGACCGGCCAGAAGGGUCAAGAUGUAAUGAGACCUUAGAAUAUAUAUGUCAUAAUUAA